UCUCCAACAGUUUCUUCUGAGACAUACUUUCCUGCGGUCACAGAGAGUGAGCCUCCAGUUCUUGACUACGGCUGGCCGGUGGCUGACUGGAGUUACUAUCUGCAAGGGUUUCCCAGUGUGGAAGUGUUCUUCCACUCAAUGAAAUCAUUUCCCAUGAAAGACAUGCUUCGGGAACUCAUCAGGCAAGCAACUAAAGUUUUGGCGAUAGUUAUGGACACAUUCAGUGAUGUGGAGAUUUUCUGUGACAUACUGGAGGCGAUAAGAAAGCGCAAUGUGUCUGUCUAUCUCCUUCUGGAAUACACCAAUUUACAGCUGUUUCAAGACAUGUGUGAAAAUCUAAAAAUCAACAAGUCUCAUCUUACUAGAAUGUCCAUUCGUAGUGUUCAAGGUGAAACAUACUGUGCCAAAUCGGGCAGAAAGUUCACUGGACAGAUGAAAGAGAAAUUCAUCAUUGUGGACUGCACAAAAGUGCUGGUCGGCUCAUACAGUCUCACGUGGCUGUCCUGGCAGGUUCACAGAAGCUUGGCCGUACUCUUCAAAGGCAGCGGGGUUAAACCUUUUGACCUGGAGUUUCGCAGACUCUACGCAAUUUCUGAACCUAUCCCAGGAUUUACCUGCCACACAUCAGAUCCCGGGGAUCUCUGCCUACCCUUUGAGAAAUUCCACGUCCCAAUUCACCUGGGAGGAAUUGCCGGAAACACUCCUGACCAAUUACAACAGAAGCCUCGUAAAUCCAGGAACUGGAGUUUCCCGACAGCUCCUGUCCUGGUCAGACAAACUAGCUAUCCAACCGUCACCACUUGACCGCAAAGAUCUCAAUGGCUUCCACGGAGGAAAAUGAUCCAUCACCCUAUUGCUCAUCAGCCCCCACUUUUCAAAGAUUAUAAUACGAGGAGCCAACCUAAGCAUCCAACACAAGGCAAUCACAUCAACAGUGGUGUUCCUGCAACUUCCCACUGGUGCUAGAGCAGGUUAUUUUAAUGCUUUAGUUGGUAGAUUGUAAUAGUAGAUGUAGAAACUUUAUUUAUUUUAACACAUUCAACUUUAUUCUGCUGUGACAGUAAAAGCACCAAUAAGAGGUCCACAUUCAUU